GCACUAACUUCGACUCCCUCACUCAUUUCUUUUCGGCAAAAAUUCAAAUGGAAACACAAAUAGUUCCCUUGCUGAGCAUCAAGGCCAAGCCGGAGCACGACUAUGCUCCUGUGAAGAGUUUCCGGGAGGGCCUGUCGGUUGGUUGGAAGGAGACAGUGAAGCUGUGGAAAGUUGCAGCUCCGGUAGCCUGUACGACUCUUUUUCACUACCUGAUUCAGUCCAUCACCACCAUCUUCGUCGGGCAUCUCGGAGAUUUUCAGCUCUCUGCUAUUUCCCUCGCUCAUAAUGUCAUCAACUCCAUCGCCUUUGGCUUCCUGAAAGGUAUGGCAAAUGCACUUGGAACGCUUUGUGGUCAAGCAUAUGGUGCAGGCCAAGUUGACUCACUUGGUAUUUAUAUGCAACGCUCAUGCAUCAUCCUGACCAUUACUUGUUUCCUCCUUUCAUUACUUUACAUUUUCGCCACUCCAUUCCUAAAGAUUUUAGGCCAACAAGAGAGUAUAGCCGAGUUUGCUGGAAACUACAGUCUGUUGAUAUUACCUCAGAUGUUUUCCUUUGCCAUCAAUUUGCCCACCCAAAAGUUCCUUCAGGCUCAGAGCAAGGUCGGCGUCAUCACAUGGAUCUCCUUUGUGGCUCUGAUCACGCACAUAGGACUUCUUUAUCUCUUCAUUAGCGUACUUGGCUGGGGGGUGAAUGGUGCAGCUAUAGCUUAUAACAUCACAUUCUGGGAAGUUGCAGUUGGUCAAUUUGUGUAUGCUGUAUUUUUGUGCAAGAAGGGUUGGAAUGGCUUUUCAUGGUUAGCAUUCGUAGACAUUUGGGCUUUUGCUAAGCUGUCUCUUGCCUCUUGUAUGAUGUUUUGCCUAGAGAUGUGGUAUGCUAUGAGUAUGAACAUUUUCGCCGGUCAACUUGAUAAUGCAGUGAUUGCCCUUGGUUCCUUUUCCAUAUGCUUGAACUUUCAAAGUUGGGAAACCAUGAUUUUGGUGGGAAUGAACACUGCUAUAGGCAUUCGAGUCUCGAAUGAACUUGGGAUGGGGCACCCAAGGGCGGCCAAAUAUUCCAUCUGCGUUGCAGUCUUGCUAUCUCUCGUCAUUGGGAUUGUGUCUAUGACUUUUAUCUUCAUAAGUAGAGACUACAUUGCCAGUGUUUUCACAGACAGCAAAGUUAUUCAGCAAGCUGUUGCUCAUUUAGCAUACUUUCUCGGUGUAACCAUGCUUCUUAAUAGUAUUGCAGAAGUUUUGACAGGGGUUGCAGUUGGAGGUGGAUGGCAAGUGAUGGUAGCUUAUAUAAAUUUGGCUGCUUAUUAUUUAUUUGGGCUACCAUUGGCAAUAUUUCUUGGAUUUAAAGCAAACUUGGGUCCAAUGGGACUAUAUGGUGGCAUAAUAAGUGGAAGUGCUCUACAGAUCUUAUUCUUAUUGAUUAUGACUUCCAGAACCAACUGGGACAAUGAGGUGGAGCAAACAACGAAGCGCAUAAAGAGGUGGGGCAGCAAAGAAAUAAGAACUGAGAAGAAGAUAGAUUGCUGAUACCAAUAUAUGAAAUGAAGUUUCCUCCAGGAACAUAAACAUGAAAAGCUAAUUUUGUUGCUGCAUAGAUUUAAGGAGAAACUCAUGUUUAAGUAAUUUCCUAAUUUUAGUUAUAGAAUAGUAUAGGCUCAUGUGCCAACAUGCUCCCUCACUCAUUUCUGCGUUCAAAUAAAGAAGGGGAAGCUAAGCAGCUGGUAACAUGGCAGCCAGUUUACUUGGUUGAUUAGGUUAAGUGAGAUUUGAGCAAGCUAUUUAGUCGUUAAUGCGUUAGCUAAUUAGAAUGGUAGGAAAGAGACCAAACAAUUAAUGUCCAUCGUAUGAGUACGAUUGAUGUACUGAAUUUCAACCAAUGAAUAUCAGAAAGAAGUUGAGGCUUCCAUUCAAUAAGUGGGAAGUCAAGACUUCUUUCUUAUUAUACCGAUUAGAUAUGAAAUAAAAAAUAUAAUAACUAGAUUGCAA